GAGUUUCCCGCUUGCUCUUAGCGUGGCCGCGCUCGGCUGCCGGUAAUGUGACGUCGUGUCUGGCGCGUGAAGUGGCGCGUUCCCGUGUCUUGCAUGUUCCCGUGAAGUGCAGAAUGAAUGAGACGACGACGUGAUGAUGCUCUUGGUUCGCGCUCAUUGUCGCUCUUCAUAACAGAACAACGCCAUGGUCCGCAUCACCACCUGGAAUGUCAACGGCAUUCGCAACCCGUUUGGCUACAAGCCAUGGAGCAACACGCGGACCUUCAAUGCCAUGUUCGACAUCCUCGAGGCGGACAUUGUCAUCAUGCAAGAGCUGAAGAUCCAGCGCAAGGAUCUGACAGAUGACAUGGUACUUGUACCUGGCUGGGACUGCUACUUCAGUCUACCAAAACACAAGAAAGGAUACUCAGGUGUUGGUAUCUACACUCGCCAAUCCAUAUGCGCGCCCAUUCGCGCCGAAGAAGGCGUCCUAGGCGCCCUCUGCCCUCCCGGGUCGACGACGUCGUACCGCAACCUUCCUGAAUCUGCCAGCAUUGGCGGUUACCUCAGCGCAGCGCAAGUCGCCAAUCUCCCUCCCGAUCUCGACGCUGACAGCCUCGACUCAGAAGGACGGUGUCUGGUGCUUGAAUUCCCAGCCUUUGUCCUCUUCGGUGUCUACAGCCCAGCGAACAGCAAUGGCCUACGAGACGGUUUCCGAAUCGGCUUUCUUACAGCGCUGGAAACACGAAUACGGAACUUGACGAAGAUGGGCAAGCAUGUGAUACUCACGGGUGAUCUCAACGUCUCGAGAGAUACCAUCGACACUGCCAGGGCGGAGGAGAACAUGCUAUCGCAAGGCAUGACGCAUGAUGACUAUCUGAGCACUCCGAACAGGCGAAUCUUCAAUCAGCUCUUGUUGAAUGGAAAGGUUCCGGGUCAACGAGAUGAAGGGAGAGAAGAUCCGGUCCUAUACGAUCUGUGUAGAGAGUUCCAUCCUGACCGCGAAGGAAUGUUCACACACUGGGAGCAGAAGAUCAACGCUAGGCCGGGCAACUUUGGUUCACGGAUCGACUUCAUACUGUGCAGCAUCGCAAUCAAAGACUGGUUCAAGGAGGCGAACAUUCAGGAGGGACUCAUGGGGUCAGAUCAUUGUCCAGUGUACGCUGUGACGAAGGAUGUGGUGCCGAUGUCACGAAUAUCAGCGACCGAGGAGGACGGUGCUGAAGAACAGGUGCAUGUAUUGGACUUGAUGAAUCCAGCGGGUAUGUUUAAAGACGGCGUGCGACAACGAGCCUAUGAUACAGUCAAAGAUGUCCCAGCACUCAGCGGAAAGCUCCUAGCCGAAUUCACGAAGAGGAGAAGUAUCCGAGACAUGUUCACCAGGACGCCUGCUCUACCGAAGUCUGCACCAGCGCCUACGCCACCGAUUGUUGACGAAGAAAUUCCGACCAAGGUAGAUGUCAUGUCUACUCCCAGUACAGCCAGGGACGACUCCGACAGAGACCUUAAACUGGCAAUCGCGGCUUCCAUGGCGGACAUGCCUUCAGCAGUUGAUAGUCAACCUACAUCAAGCCAGAGUCCGCUCAAGUCGGCCGAGAAGCGACGUGCUUCGGCAUCCGCAUCGCCCAACAAACCAGCCAAGCGGGGCAAAUCCAAUGCCACAACCACAACAUCCAAAGCCUCCAAGGGUCAGCAGUCGCUCAAAGGCUUCUUCCAAAGCCGAACCAAACUUGCUGAUGCAGAGCCCCACAAAGAUUCAGCACCGCCCGCCUCGCCGUCUACGAACAACGAUGCUCCCAGCGACUCCACCACCGACAUGCCUCCUCCGUGGUCACCCAUAACCUCCGGAUCCUUCGACUCCGAUCCGCUUGCCUCCCAGGAAGCGUCAAAAGAAGGCUGGACAAAGCUCUUCUCCAAGAAACCAGUACCGCGGUGCGAACACGGCGAACCUUGCACCUCGUUCACGACCAAGAAACCCGGUAUGAACUGUGGAAGACAAUUUUGGAUGUGCCCUAGACCGAUUGGACCGACGGGCCAGAAGGAAGUGGGCACACAGUGGCGGUGUGGGACGUUUAUCUGGUGUAGUGAUUGGAAGGGUAGUUGAGGGAAGGGAAAUAAUACAUGGAUAAUGAUAGAUGGAUCUGCUAGGCUAUAGAUACGCUGGCCUGCUGCUUGCACGAGUUCUCCUUACGAUGGCGAUGCUAGUAUCCUCAGGGCACUUGUGGACACUGAAGCUCGCCGCGGAAAGAGCCGGUAAGGUCGAGGAUGUCUGCAUAGAUACAGUGUCACCUAUCGGGCUUGGCGAUGAAACCGAUGAUUGCGUCGGGGCGGUUAGAAAGGAGUUGAAAGUUACAAGGCAGUUCAUGUCAGACUAUACCAAUAUAUUAUGUUCAACGGCGCGAAAAGGCCAUAAUCAGCUAUACAUACU